UUGUGCAGCGCUUUGGCUCUGCAGUGGCGCGGUGGCGUGUCUGAGUCGCCGGGGGAGGGGCGCCCAGCCCCGAGCCAGGCUGGCACCGCUUGCUGAAAGAGCCCUUGGCUGGGCUUGGGGGACAGGUGCCGGCUUUGGGCUGUGCGCGACGUAUUUGUUCUCUUUCUCUUUUUGUGCCAGGGUUUCUCUGGGCGGGCGCGCUAUGCAGCGGGCAGCGGCGCUGGUCCGGCGGGGCUGCUGCCCGGGGACCCCCGGACCCUGGGGCCGUAGUCAGAGCAGCGCGGCCGCCGAGGCCUCCGCGGUGCUCAAGGUGCGGCCCCAGCGGAGCCGGCGCGAGCGCAUCCUUACCCUCGAGUCCAUGAACCCGCAGGUGAAGGCGGUGGAGUACGCGGUGCGGGGACCCAUCGUGCUCAAGGCCGUCGAGCUCGAGCUCGAGCUGCAGCGGGGUAUCAAAAAACCGUUCACUGAGGUCAUCCGUGCCAACAUUGGGGACGCCCAGGCCAUGGGCCAGCAGCCAAUCACCUUCCUCCGACAGGUGAUGGCACUUUGCACCUACCCAAACCUGUUGGACAGCCCCAGCUUUCCAGAAGAUGCUAAGAAACGAGCCCGGCGGAUCCUACAGGCUUGUGGCGGGAACAGCCUAGGGUCUUACAGUGCUAGCCAGGGUGUCAACUGCAUCCGUGAAGAUGUGGCUGCCUACAUCACCAGGAGAGAUGGCGGCGUGCCUGCAGACCCAGACAACAUUUACCUGACCACCGGAGCUAGUGACGGCAUUUCUACAAUCCUGAAGAUCCUGGUCUCCGGGGGCGGCAAGUCACGGACGGGUGUGCUGAUCCCCAUCCCGCAGUACCCCCUCUACUCAGCAGUCAUCUCCGAGCUCGAUGCCGUCCAGGUGAACUAUUACCUGGAUGAGGAGAACUGCUGGGCCCUGAAUGUGAACGAGCUCCGGCGGGCCGUGCGGGAGGCCAAAGAGCACUGUGACCCCAAGGUGCUGUGCAUCAUCAACCCCGGGAACCCCACAGGUCAGGUGCAAAGCAGGAAGUGCAUAGAAGACGUGAUUCACUUCGCCUGGGAGGAGAAGCUCUUUCUCCUGGCCGACGAGGUAUACCAGGACAACGUGUACUCUCCCGGCUGCAGGUUCCACUCCUUUAAGAAGGUGCUUCACGAGAUGGGGCCCGAGUACUCCAGCAACGUGGAGCUCGCCUCCUUCCACUCCACCUCCAAGGGCUACAUGGGCGAGUGUGGCUACAGAGGAGGCUACAUGGAGGUGAUCAAUCUGCACCCUGAGAUCAAGGGCCAGCUAGUGAAGCUACUCUCGGUACGUCUCUGCCCACCAGUGUCGGGGCAGGCCGCCAUGGACAUCGUCGUGAACCCCCCGGUGCCAGGAGAGGAGUCCUUCGAGCAGUUCAGGAGGGAGAAGGAGUCCGUGCUGGGUGAUCUGGCCAAGAAAGCUAAGCUGACAGAAGACUUGUUCAACCAGGUCCCAGGGGUUCAAUGCAACCCAUUGCAGGGCGCCAUGUACGCCUUUCCUCGCAUCUUCCUCCCCGCCAGAGCCGUGGAGGCCGCUCAGGCCCACACAAUGGCCCCUGACAUGUUCUACUGCAUGAAGCUCCUAGAGGAGACGGGCAUCUGCGUCGUGCCUGGCAGCGGCUUCGGGCAGAGAGAAGGCACCUACCACUUCAGAAUGACCAUUCUCCCUCCAGUGGAGAAGCUGAGGACAGUUCUACAGAAGGUGAAAGAGUUUCACAUAAAGUUCCUGGAGAAGUAUGCGUGAGGACUCCUCAGGCCUCAGAGGGAGACUGGUCCUCGGGCCUUCCUCCUGACGCCCACCCAGACCGGACUGAACUCGCCUUCCCCAGCGACUCCGCCUCAGGCCUCACACAGGUCACUGGUCGCUUUCAUGGUCAUUUUGCCCCAGGAGACUUCUUUCUUUUGUGCCUUGAUGUGGGACCACUUCUCUUCUGAGCAAAUGUGAAUUGGGGAUGUCUCAGAAGCCUUGUUUUUUUGAUGCAACCAAAGUAGAGGGGACUUGCUCAGCAUAUGUGGCUGGCGUUCUCUGAGUCUCUUAUCGUUGCUUUUGGAAAGUUCAUUUGGGGUUUAAAAUAACCAGGGUGUAUUGGGUGAGAUGUUUCAGAUCUGGAGAAACACGAGAGUAUCGGGAAAUGUAUGAUUUAACCGUGGUGAGGACUGGAAAUCUCAAACUCACCAUGUGAUCUGUAAAAUAAAACCCUUAGUGUUGUAAAAAUCUAUUCCUUCCACCAGGAGAGCCUGGAAGUCCACUGGAGGCUCAGAGGGGGCCCACCCUCUGGCUUGGAGGCAGACAGCCUGUCCCUUAAAGACUGGUGAGGGCAGCAGCACGCGAGUUAGACUGGAUGCCAGGCUGGGUUGUGGCAGGCACUAGGGGCUGCAGCAAGGUCAGAGGGUCCCACAGGGGAGACUGGUGUCAGCCAGGCUCCAGGUGAGGCAGGUCUGCUCCUGGGAGCAGGCGGCAGGGAGUGAGGGCUCUAGGGGGAGGGCUCUCCCAAGCAUGCGUAGGUUGCGACCCCCAUCUGAGACGCCUCCCUGGAGUCCAGGGACUCAGGGUACAGCCCAAGAAUAUCCCAGUCAUGUGGAGGGAUCCUGCCUGGUGACAUGUGGCUCCAUCCCACUGUUACCCAGCUACUGGUCUCUCCCAAGAGCUUGAUUGAACACACAACGCCCCCAGAUGGCGACAGCAGGGACAAGGAAACACUGAAAACGUCCUAGUGAAGGAGGGGCAUCCUCAAGGACUUGACGGUGAAAAUGCCCCCCACCGUCCUCCUGUAGUGUCUGUGGAGUUUUUCAACCUGCAUUUGGUCCGUUUUCCAGCUCUUAAUUGGUCACAGUACUUGGUGGCUCGGCUGCUGUGGAAGAGUACAUGUGAUCUGAGUCAACGUUUAUAGAAGUGUUUUCACUUAAUGCCAAGUGUUUUGCUUCCACAUUUGCUGCUAGUCGCCCUCCUGGAGUCUGCAGGCUCUCCUGUGGCAUCAGUCGCCUCUCCAGACCAGAGGGGCAUGGUCCUCCAAGCCUGCGGCUGCCCUGGCAUUAGCAAACCUGGGUGGGGCCUUGCCCACAGUCCCAGAAAGUGGGUGCUACAGGCAGCAGCAGGCUGAGUGCCCUCUUAUCCUCCACCAAGAGCCCCCUCCUGCCAUUGGCCUUCCCCAGGGGCAGUUAGGGAAGCCAAGGCCAGGUCAGGAGUCUAGGGUCCCAGCGAGUCCCAAGGAAUACUGAAGGAGCUGAAGCGAGAAAGCUGAAGAAGCUGCAGGUGUGAGCUCUGACAGCGGCCUCCCGUGCUGUAGUAUCCACACUGGGCUCGUGCAGGGGACGCAAGAGGAAGCUUCACACUGUCCCCACUCGCUAGCAUUGCCGUCUCUGUGAAGUAAGCAGCCUCAAAUAACAAAGGGAAUGUUCUGGAACUUUUCCUUCCUUAAAAAGUGGAGAGAAUUGCACGUGUGCUUGGUGACGGUGGAUGAACCAGGAUGUGUCCCAGAGUCGUGAGAUUUCUGGUGGGAAGGUUAAGUCGUAGAAGCUAGUUUAUUUUUUAUAUUUUUAUAACAACUGCUUUUUUCAUGGGGGGAGACAGGGUUAGUAUUUGUAGUCUUAACAAGUCCAGUAGUUUUUCUAUAAAUCUCUUAGAUUAUAAAUAACCCCUAAAACCUUUGCAAACGUUUACAUGAGUUUUUAAAAGACGCCAUAUACAAUUGGUUUGCUUUUAGAAUAAAUGACUAAAAACAUGAUAAGGUCAGCUGGUUUGGGGGCUGGGUUCCUUCAGGCAGGAAUGCUCAUCACGACCGCUGUGCUGUUCUUCAGAUUCUAUUCUGAUAGCUCAUUUGGGCCGCCAGAGAAAGCCGUUUGUCGUUUGGGUCGCACUUUAAAUCUACAGUUAUGGGGUUUUCUGUCGUUCAUCUGAUCCACGCCUGAGGGCUGGUGGCCCAUCACCUCGCACCUCCAGGCCAGGCUGGUUGUUGUCCAAUGGUGUGUGGAUUUGCGGGAAGAGCUGCCAGGCCCACCUGUGGCUGUUUUCCAAUCUAGGUUCUCAUAGGCAUCUCUUGACAGAGGUACUUAAUGAUGGCUCUGCUGGAAAUUUCUAAACAAUAAAGUACAUGUCCAAAAUGGUAA